CGCAACGAAAACAUGGCCCUAAUCUCUGCCGCCUGGUGACCACCACGCCACGACACGCCCCCAUCAAACAGCCAGGUUCCCCUUCACUCCAAGCCUACCUACGAGCAAGGGUCUGUGUCCCCUACUAAGCCGAACUUGCAUACAUAAGUAACUCGGUCGUCUCCCCCUUUCCCUUAUCCUCACUAAACAUAACACCUUUCACACGAAACCCCUACACAUUGAAAAGCCCCCAACGGCUUUCCUACGACUUCUUUUUACAAGAUCCUAUACGACUCCACCACGUAAAAUGCCUCUCGUAGUCCCCGGUAUCCAGUCCAAGGACGGAAACUCCAAGGAGGAGUGGAUGACCAAGCUCAUGGGCAAGAAGAUUGGCGAGCAGCAUGAUGAAGUGACCUUCGCAAAGACCGAUCUCCCAGAGCAGCACCGUGUCCUCGGGCCCGACUCGAUGAAGACUAUGGAUUUCAAACCAGACAGGCUGAACGUACACGUUGAUGAGCAUGGUACCGUCAAGGAUGUUACUCACGGUUAAGAAAGAGGUUGCUGCAUAGUAACGGCUUGAUUGUUCUGGAGGGAUGAGGCACACCUGCCUGGAAGUGGUAAUGAAGAUAGAACAUGGGCGUGUGCACCCAGACAUCAUAAUACUAGAUGACACUGAUGAAUCAAAGUCACGAUUAUUCACAAUAUAACUGCGGUGCGUGCAUC